AUGAAAUAUGCGCAAUUGGUCGUUGGUCCAGCAGGAAGUGGAAAGUCCACAUACUGCUCUGUAGUGCAGCAACAUUGUCAAUCAGUAGGUCGUAACGUUUUCUUUGUUAAUUUGGAUCCUGCAGCUGAGAAAUUCAUCUACAGUGCUGCUGUUGAUGUGCGAGAGCUAAUCAGUGUGGACGACGUACAAGAAGAUAAACAGUUAGCACUUGGUCCAAAUGGUGCCUUGGUGUUUUGCAUGGAAUAUCUCGUGCAAAAUUUAGAUUGGCUUCAUGAUCAGCUAAAUGAGGGAGAGGACGAUUAUUUCAUCUUUGAUUGUCCAGGUCAGAUCGAACUUUAUAGUCACUUACCGGUAAUGAGACAAAUUGUUAAUGCAUUAAAAUCAUGGGAUUUUAAUAUAUGUUCUGUAUUCUUGCUCGAUACGCAAUUUGUUUUGGAUUGUGAUAAAUUUUUGGGUGGUGCACUAACUACGCUCUCGACUAUGAUUGCACUGGAGGUUCCUGCAGUGAAUGUGUUAUCAAAAGUGGAUUUGUUAUCACAACGUAAUAAAGAAUUGCUGGAAACUUUUCUGGAAACUGAUAUAUGUUCUGUUCUGGACAGUGAGGAAACAUCACCCUGGAAUGAGAAGUACCGCCAACUUUCACGAACAAUCGCUGAAGUUUUGGAUGAUUAUAGUCUUGUACGCUUUGUUCCGUUAGAUAUUGAAGAUGAUGAAUCAAUUAGUGACCUCUUGUCGCUCAUUGAUAACACAAUACAACAUGGUGAAGACUUAGAGGUAAAAGAUCGUUAUCCGGAAGAAAUGGAUGAUGAGAAUACUGUUUACUGA